AUGAUGUUUUCGUUAAUUAUCAUUGGCUCAAUAAUCAGUCUCGUCCACUUAACAGCUGCCAAUUACACCUCGUUUGUGGAUGUGGAUACCAAUCAAAUCGGAUUAACAAAUGAUAAAGGAAGAAUAUGCAUAGCGUUGGCGUUUAAAGUUGGAGUUUUCAAUCUUAACAUCAAGGAAUCAAACAACUUCAUUCCGUUUGAUUUACUAUCGGAUGAAACAAUUAUUGGCGGGCGUUGCUCAAAAGACUUCAAAACAGAUCCAAUUUUGACAGCUAUAAUUGUGCACGAGAGUAGAAAAAGAAAAUUGAAAUUCUACUUUGGAACUAAAAAUGUAUAUGUGAAACAAAUUGAAGAGCUACGAUGGCAAUUACGCAAAGUUGUAUAUACAGAAUCUUAUGAAGAUAGAUCAGCUUCAUUUGAGUCCGAUAACUCAUCAGUAAUCAUAAGCUCUCCAUUGAACCAAAAGUAUAUUUGUAAGGACCAAGUCAAUAUAACUCUUCAUAGCGAAGGAUUUGAAGAUGUUAUCGUGUCCAUGAGUCCUGAUAUAGACUUUCAACCAUAUGGUCCCAAGAGCAAUGCUUAUCUGUGUGAAAGAACACGCAAACGAACUCUAAGAGAAUCAUUUGAGAACAAAGCCACAGUGUUCUCCGGAGUUGUUCUUGGAUUAGCUUCUGUUGGCUCGAUAGUCGGUCAUUCCAUACGUCGUCAUUUACAUCCUGUUCGAAAAGAAAUAUACCAAAACUUAGCAGGAAAUUAG